ACUACUGGUUAUACUGUGGUUCCGUAUGUGCCGGCCACGAAUUCAAGAGACUAGAGACCAAGCCAUACGAAGCUACACGCGAAUUACACCUAACUGCACUUAUUUUCGGAACGCACCGGGUUCGGGAUAUGACAACAAGCUGAGAAACGGAUGGAGCUCCGAAGUCGUUAGACGGUCCUAAACGUCGAUGUGAUCGCUUUCCAAUCCUCAGUCAUUUCAAGAGCAAGUAACGGCUCUCGGCGGGCAUGGCCAAGCAUCAUCCGGAUUUGAUUUUCUGUCGCAAACAGCCGGGAGUCGCUAUCGGUAGGCUGUGCGAGAAAUGCGACGGCAAGUGCGUCAUCUGCGACUCCUACGUGAGGCCGUGCACCCUGGUUCGGAUAUGCGACGAGUGCAAUUACGGUUCUUAUCAGGGACGUUGCGUGAUAUGCGGCGGUCCCGGCGUGUCGGACGCCUACUACUGCAAAGAGUGCACGAUACAGGAAAAAGACAGAGACGGCUGUCCUAAAAUAGUCAACUUGGGAAGCUCAAAGACGGAUCUCUUCUACGAGAGGAAGAAAUACGGAUUCAAGAGAAGAUAAUUACACUUUUUCUAUGUACAACUUUCGCUAAAUAUAACGAUACGAGG